AUUUGUUUUAAAGUUGGCGCCAUUUUUAAUUUUAUUGUCAUGUGCAGUAGUCACAAAUUGGUCAUUUUACGAUAAGCACAGAAUAAUAAGUAUAUCAUUUACCUACCUGAUUACCAGAUAACAUAUUUUUAACAAGAAAAACCACUUCGACAUUUCAAACGCUGACCUGAAAGAAAUGUACAAUUUCGUCGAAAAUCUCAUGGACAGCAACCCCCAAGAAGGCGUCUUUUGCCCCAUUUGGACCCGUUUGGAAGCCAAUUGUGAUUUUUACGAGAACUACAACAGCCAACGAGAUGCCUCUGCCCCGUCUUUCAGCAGGAGGAGUGAAAUUCCAAUUUCAGUCCCACCACCCACUAGGAUUUUGUGUGGAAUAUGCUUCAGAUCAAUGGAGCAAAGAUUGCCUUGCGACUCCAGGGGUCCUUACGGGAUAAUGAAGCCGAAAAAUGUGUGUGACAAUUGUUUGUAUGGCACGAGGAGCUAUUAUGAGAAUAACAUGAAUUGGGGGGAAGAGUUUGUCAAUUUUAAUGGAUCCACAAGACCAUCCAUGGGUGCUGCCAAUAUGGAGUUUUAUCAUGACCCACAGCAUAAUUUACACGGUGGAACAUCAAAGAAAUAUGAUGAUAAAAUAAAAAAUGAAUUUGUUGAUGGAAUUCAAAAACUGAGAAUUAGUGAAACAACACCAACCUUUGAUUAUGGGUCAGAUUUGAUAUAUAUCGAUGGAAUUCCAUUGGAUUAAGGCUUUUACAUAAACAUAUUUUAUAUUUUUAUGAUUUAAUAUACUUAUAGGUUUUAACUAUUGUUAAGAAUCUAGUUUUAAAUAUUAUAUAUUCACUUAAAA